AUGUCGCGAGAUCUCCCUUCAAUCCGAACCAAUACCCACUCAUUUGCACAAGACGCGACAAGAUUAAGAUCUGUACCUACGCACGAAUCUGUUCCCUUCUCUCUUGCAGGUCCCAGAGUUUCCCAUCCUUCGAGAGAGCAGCGAAGCUUUGUCAGUCGCGAAUAUCAAGAAUCAUGUCCCGAAUAUGGACAGCCACCCGACGAACCCAUCUGGGGGUUGGCUGCUCCUUUACCACGGGUCAAGCGUCGAGGUAUGCGGUCUCCAGACACGAGACCAGAGAGAGAUGCUACAGACGAGCCAACAAGAGCCCGACGACAUGCCCGCGAACCCGCGCUACAACAAUCGUCAAUAGGGAUACAACCAGCAUCUCGGACAGAGGCCAGUCCUCACAGACAUGGGGAGCAGGAACCUGACGAGCCGCGCUGGAGCACCGCCGAUACUCGAAUAUCUCCUCCUGGGCCAGAUCUCCUCCGCCGAGCGACCACCGCCAAUGUCUCAUCCUAUCUCAGUGAGCCGAUUGUCCCGCACAAUACCGUGCAACAACCGGGCAUUCUCAGCGCAGAAACAAGGCGCAAGGAACGCGAGCUGGUUGCUGAGAAUAUCAGCGCACACGACAAGGCACGUACUUCAUCCGCAGAAGGACGGAGAGGAAGCCAUGAAUCUCAAGGGUCGCAUACCCACGCGUACACAUCUCCCAGUGGUUCAACGGCCCAUGACUCUUCCAUAGAUCGGACGGGAGAUUUGGUGGUCGGACGUGAACUGGAACGGGCGGUGAGGAGUGAAUCUGCCAUCGAAUCAGCGCGGCGGCGACUGCAGCAAUUGGCAGAUACGGCUGAGUACGAAAGUGGUUUGCGCCAGUGUCCUCCAAACAUUGACUGGGAAGAAUAUCACCCCUCGGGUGACACCCUGGUACAACGGCUCUCGCAAUCGGGCGAAUAUUCUCGGCCGCGAUUCUUCAACUUUUGGGGCCCAGUACGACAUAAAUAUCGAAAGCCAUUCGCCGAGUUUUUGGGGACCCUGGUUUUUAUGACGCUCGGCCUGUCUGGAUCCAUCGUUCACAUGACAGCGGGCAGCGACUACGGAAGUCUGCUGACUGCGUACAUGGCAUGGGGUUUUGGGGUGAUGAUGGGCAUCUACAUUGCAGGUGGCGUCUCUGGCGCUCAUCUCAAUCCGACGAUUUCAGUCGUUCUCUCCAUCUUUCGUGGCUUUCCAUGGGACCUCUGCUGGAAAUAUAUUGGCGCUCAGUUCCUCGGCAGCAUCGCCGCAUCUGCACUCGUGUUUGGUCUCUACAGUGACGCCAUCAACGAGUACACGGCCUCAGACAUUGCUCGCGUUGGACCUGCAUUCUACACUCAACCCCGUGGCGGAUUGAGUAAUGUCGCUGCCUUUUUUAAUGAGCUUGUCGCCACCGCAAUCGCAGCCGGUUCCGUCCUUGCCUUGGGGGACGACGACAACGCACCGCCGGGAGCAGGCAUGCAUGCAUUCAUCAUCGCUCUCCUGGUCAUGUCCCUUUCCAUGGCCUUUUCAUACAACACUGGCGCAGCGCUCAACCCUGCGCGGGACUUCGGGCCUCGUUUGAUAACGUUUUUUGCAGGCUCUGGUGUCCAUGUGUUCACCCGGGAUAACUGGUGGUGGAUUUGGGGGCCUUGGGUCGCUACGCUCGCUGGUGGGCUUGUUGGUGCAAGCGUUUAUGACAUUUUCAUCUUUAAGGGCGGAGAGUCUCCCAUCAACUACCCCACUGGCGCCUUGAGAGCCGAGUUGAAUAGCUCAUGGAAGGAGAUAAGGCAGAAAUCAAAGAUAGGCAGGGGAAAGGAUAGCACUGGAGAUGUCAAUAAGGAGAUUAAUCUUGUCGCUUGA